CAACCCUUCAUCGGCAUGUGCUUGUGUUCAUCUACCUUUAAUUCACCUUCUAUUCACAGUAAUUGAUCAUCUUAAGUCAAUUACAUGACCCAGAUGCAAGGUAUAGUGUCGAUCCUGCAGGGUUCCGACAACCACGAGAAGACCACCAGGGCUGGGUCACUCCGGCGGACUUUGUCCGCUGACAUGUCCUCAAAGCGGUGGUUGUCAGACAACGGGUUGUCGGUCUCUCCCACUAUGAAGAAGAUCGCAUCAUCUGAGCAGAUCGCAAUCGAUUUUUCUUCAUCGUCCGAAGAGGACGAAGAAGAGUGCGAGGUGAUCGGAAACGCCAACAAGAAUCCGAGUAGGAUCGAUAUUUGGACGGCGAUUAUGUCGCAAAAGGUGCAAGACGAUUCGGUGAAACUUCCACCACCAUAUGUUCAUCCACUUGUUAAGAAGUCUGCUAGCUCGUUGAGCGAGAAGAGUCUUAAGGUUUGUACCGAGAGUCUGGGCUCUGAGACUGGAUCAGAUGUGUUCUCGUCUUAUCCAAUAUCCUCAGAAACAGGUGACGAGAAUAAGAUACAUGAGACCCAAGAAGAAGAAGUCGAGAUAAAAGAAACAGAUAUGGAGGAACAAAAAGUUGUCAAGCAUGUGACAUGCUUGACAACUAAAAAAGUCCAACAAGCUCGAUCUCUACCUCCGCCUCUUUCAUCUCUCGCAACAGCCCAUACCGACGGGCCGUCACUUCACAUGCAUUCUCAUCGGGUCGACGGACGUUUAGUCCUUGAAGCUGUAUCGGUUCCCCAACAAAACUACUUUGAAGCUCAGCGCCAAGAUGGUCGUUUUCUCCUCACGCUCAUCGACAACCCUAACGACCAAGCAUCCAAACAAGAUCUUCAGGACAUCUUCAGCAUAACUGAGGAAGAAAAACCACAAGAAGACAACAUCGACGUCGAAGAUAAGGAUGAAGGUGAGAUAAAAAGCAACUUCACCGAUAAUGAAAUGGGAAUCUUGAAAGUGAGACCACCGAAUUUGACUAGGGGCAUGAUAAAGCUACACAGAUCUAUGGUAUCGACUAAGAGGAUCACCGAAAGAGACAAUGAGAAUCCCUCAUGGUCCCGAAAGCUUAACGCAAGAACAGCAAACUUAGAAAAGUUACAAGUUGUGGAGGAGGAGGAAGCAUCUGCAACCCCACCAUCAGCAUCACAAAUUAAGCAAUCUGUUCCACGACCACCCCGAGCAACCGGGCUGCCACCAUUGCCCCCACCAACGACUGCCACCUCCUUCAACUCAUACCAGUACUUCUGGAGGGCGAAACCAACUGUCGCCAGUGUCUUUGAUCCUCUCAUCACCCAACACCGCCCACCAACAAAAACCAACGACCUGGUUCUGCUCAGAGGUAACAAAGCAGACUGCUUGCUACCUUCAUUAAAGGGUUGCAAAGAGCCAAGACGGUCACUUCUGAUGUGGGAGCCAUUCUGCAUCGCCACCUCCUAAUAAAACCAUGCAUUUUUCUCUCUUCAUUAACUCUUCUUUUUAUAUCUAUAUAUUGAAUGUAUACAUCUGCAUCUCUCUAAUAAACCAUAUGAAAGAGUGAGAGAUGCCAUAAAUUUUAAAAGAAAAAAAUGUACCAUAGAGUUGCUCAAUAACGAGUUGAAACAAUGACUAUCAUUUCCGAAUAAUAAGUUUUAACACCA